AUGACGGCUGGUCGUCGCGCCCCGGCGCACCAUGUCUCCGCCGCCGACCUUGCCUCCCAGCAACAUGCGCUGAAUGCUGCGCUGGGAAACCUUGGAAAGCAAAAGCCGUGGAUGACUUCAAGUACGAAUACGCCUAACGUGAAUGUGCUCCCUCCCGUUGUCAAACGCAAGCCGCAGCCCACAAAGUCGCGGACCGAGCGGCUGCUACAACCUCCUCAAGUACCCUCUGUCCCCGCCAGCCCUACGGUUGAGUCGCCUCCAGACAGACACCCCCCCUCCAAUUCCACUUCGCCACAGUUGGCCAACGUCUUCUCACAUCAGAGCCACCGCUCUCCCUUACCUUCACCGAACGUUGUACUUCCCUCCCCUGCCCCAAGUGAAGAGACGAAUAAUGAUUCGAUCCCGACGCUUGCCGCUAUCAAUGAGAAUAUAUUAGUAUCAAGGCUCAGAGGCGGAGAUGGCAGAGAUGCCACUGCUCCGGACAGCCCAGUUGGUUCUCCUGGUGAAAUGAGACUCGAGAUUCAGUUUAUGGAAAGGCUCCGAGAAGCUGCAGGUUCACCCAAAAGGCCGAUAGAGAUGAACGUCGCCGAAGCAAACAAGCUCAGACGUCUCGAGAGCGGCCAGUCAAAUCGGGGCCACAUCUCCAACCUGGAUUUCCUCGAACAAUUGCCUAUAAACGUGGCAAGCCAAGCUCAGGCACGUGAUCCACUAGCAGACGAUGGAGCUGGAAAUGAGACUGGAACUCAGCAACUCGAUCGAGGCAUGCAUAGUCGUCCUCAAUCUCCCUCAGUAAGCGCGGCUCCUCCACAGAUACAAGGCGCCUUUGGUCCUCCACGGGCUUUGUCCCGUGGGUUUGCCCAGCAUCCGUCCGCACUGCCUUCCGGAAAUCAUACCUCUGCUCCGCAGGUUCAAUCACCACUCCUGGUGUCGCACUCAAUACCUUCUGAGUACCUCAGCUGGGAACAUUGUCUAGAUGCGUUCGAAAGCUUUCUGUCUACGUACAGAGACUCUCCAGCGCACCCACGGGAUAAAGGACGACUGGAUGUUCUAAGAGCUGCCAUAGACAAGCAGGAUUGGGCUUACCUUACACUCCACCAGUCUUACUGCCUCCUCAAUACAGAGCCUCAAUGCCUACCGCAAGCCAUUCAUGGUCAUCCAAAUCUUGGCCAAGCAAUCAAACUGAUGCGCGACGUUCUAGAUGGCAAUGAAAAACUGUCGUCGCCAGUACUCUUCUUUUUUGCGAACUUUCCUUUGCCGGCCCCCCGGAUAAAGCGCAAUUGGCCCCGUAGAUAUGAACAAGAACAACGAACGUUAUUCCACUUUAUCACCUGUUCAACCAACUACGACAACCUAAGUUUAGCAUGCCAACAAAGGAAAUACCCUCCACUUGCUGGAGAGCUAGUCCAUGAUCUAGGUAUCGUUUCGAUCAUUUUCCAAAAGAUUGUUUUCACGGCAAUCCUCCGGCGCAUCUGGUCAUAUAAUGGGCCGCGGUCUCGGACGUUCGCGCAGCUGGAGGGGCGAGCAAUUGCUUUGCUUCACAAGAAUCAAACCGACUUCCUUCGCCAACGAGAUAAUCGACCAAGGAAUGCGCCAUCGGACUACGAAAACCAGGAACGAGCCUUAGAGCACCAGCAAUGGGGCGUGCAGCUCAGACAGGUGGGUGAGCUUUAUGCUAGCACAUUCCGCUUUCAGGGGUCGGACUUGCCUCACCAAUCUCAUGUACAACCUCACCAUCCGUCACGAGGACAUCCUCAGAAUACCCAUUCACCCACCCUUCGGCCGUCAGUGCCAAUCGAUCAUGGUUCCACUUUGAACCUGCGAAACCAGCUCGUGUCGCACGGAAAUCGCGUGGCAUUGCCGAGCAAUCAUGGAGCACAAACGGCCGCCCAACUCUCACCCCCUCUCUCCCAAACGCCCUUCCAAGCCCGUCGCGGAAGACCUCGUAUCCAUGGCCAUACCCCCCCUCAUAUGGCGCCUCAUCUAGCUCAACCAGGUCCUCAACGGAACCGUCCUCUUCUACCCAACAGGGGCGUGACACAGCCACAGCCCGUCCAACCAAGGCCGGACCGUUCCGCCCUCCACCUAGCUCAUCUCCGCAGCCCUUUGCUUCGAUCGCAGCUAAAAGAUCUGAAUCUAUAUCAAUACGUAAAGGGGUUCGCUAAGCGUCCAGCACGGCUUGCAGCCGCUGGGGACAGGAUCGAGCAAUGGAUUCUACGUAUUUCUAGCGAGGAGCUCCGAACUCUUCCGGCAGAUGUGCCUGGCUUACUUGGCGAACCAGCUUCCAGGGUAAUCAACCUGAAUACUCAAAUAUUUCGUCUCCGCUGCGUUAAGUGGACUGCAACGGACCUCCCAGAUGAACACGCAUGGGCAAUCGCAGACACUUCGUGGAUACCUUAUACAUACUUUACAUUCAAUGGGAUCCCCCUCCAUCCUCGGAAGAAACUCCACUACGGCAAAGAUUUACCUAUAGAUAUCAGUUCGUUCAUCACAGAGGGUGAGAAUACGCUCGAAAUUGCAGUAUUACCGAUUGAGAUUGUUGGAGUGACUUCACACGACAGCAUAAAGCAAGACUGCCUCAUCAAAAAUCACGUCCCUGCCGCGUCCAUAAUUGAGACUAUCAAAAGGAGGCUGUCAGGAAUAGACGAGGAUGACGAGAUUGCUAUUGUGGAAAACAAUCUCAAAAUUAGCCUCUUUGAUCCUUUUAGCGCGUCCGCGAUUUGCAAUAUCCCCGUCCGCGGAAAGUCAUGUCUGCAUUACGAUUGUUUCGACCUCCAAACCUUCCUUCAGACACGAAGAAGGAAAGGCGAUGCUUCGGACGUGGACCAGUGGAAGUGCCCCAUAUGCAGUGCUGAUGCUCGACCACAGUUUCUCAUUACGGAUGGCUUUCUCCAAGAUGUACGGGCUCGACUGGAACAACAAGGGCUGCUGAAAACUCGAACCAUUAUCGUCGACAAGGAUGGUAAUUGGAAGCCUAAGGCAUAUGCUUGUGAUACUCACUUUGUACUUCUGAUGGGGUUAAAUUCCCUCUACUUUAUCGACAGAUCCCCUUCAUCAAAGGGUUCGUCGUGGGCGCUAGGUUCGGGGGUCGAUUCUCCUGAAAUCAAUGGAUCUUUAUUUUUGGAAAAGUUCGGCAUGUUCGGGGCUAGUCAACAGGAGCCCAUGGGAGAUCCACGUCAUUUCGGUCCGUCUCAGAGAUUUAACGAGGGUCGAAUGUCGAUGGGGCUCAACCUAGGCUCGUUGGCGAUGCGUCAAGGUCUGAAUAUUUAG